AUGGAGGCGGGUGCCAGUGUGCUUACUUUCAUCGCUGUCGCCUUACAGUCCACCAAAUCAAUCUACGAAGCCGUUUCAGGUAUCAAAAGUGGCCCGCAACAGGUCGAGAGCCUUGCUUCAGCAGUACGGACUUUAGAUUCAGUGCUGACUCAACUGUCAAAUUGCCCAGCUGUCAAAUCGGCUGACCCGGAGACCGAUCUCAAAGUGAUAUUGAGCUUGAUUGAAUCGUGUAAAGGAGAUGUUUCACACUACGAGGGGGAGCUUCGAAAAGUUCGGAUAUCUCUUAACGACAAGAAGACAGAAAAGGCAUGGAAGAAAGUCAAGACCAUUCUGCAGGAGAAAGACUUCCAGCGUAUGUGGGACGGGGUGAAUCAUCAUGUCAGUGCACUUGGGUUUCAGCUAAAUAUUUUACAAUCCAAUAGAGGGCUUGUCUGCAAAGACAAGCUUGUUCAGAUAGACGAAGCUAUUUCUGAGCGAGCUGUCCGCGAUCAUGUAAAUAUGGCUGUUGCAUUACAGCAAAGCGAAGAAGUAUCUGUCAUUAACGCCAAUGUCAAGGACCUCAGAGAUACCUCUCAUUCGAUGCAAGAACAAAUUCGUGAUACAUUCGCUCACGUUAUCCCAAAAAUAGAACACAUUUCUGAAAUGUCUUUGGCCCAAUCCGAGAAUGUAUGUGUUCUCCUUCGGGCAAUCCAAGAUCAAGUGUCCGGACUGUCCACCGAGAUCCGCCGUCCGGAACGUAUAGCUCGACUUCAACCGCAGUGCUCAAAGGGCCUCGACCCAACAGACGACUGCGGCGAUCCUGAAGAAGACUGUGAGCCCCUGGAGAGCAUUGAAAGGCUUUGCCAACUCGCAAAACAGAAAGGGGGCGCACUCUCUAAUAACGACGCAGAAGUCAUCAUCAGUGACCUUGAUGCACUAUUGGCAUUCGCGUCAGUCCCAUCAUUGCACACUAAAUCUAAAUCUCCUGUUCCUGGAAAACGGCAGAGCGGCAUGGUUCAGGAGAAAAACAACCACAGCAGCAAUCGCGAACUCAAACGCAUGCGGAAUUUGCUGGGUUCUUCCGAUACUCUUGUCGUCAACCAAAAAGGCAAGGCUGAAUCUCAUCGACUUUCCACUUUCAAAAACCGCAAGAUUAGUAGCAAACGCAGUAGGAAAGAGAUACCGAAGGCAUAUGGAAAGAUUACUAUGACGACCACAGAGAGUCAUUAUAUCGCAACCUCAGAUUCAUCCCAGGAACAAAUUACCACUAGCCCGCAAACAACAAGAGAGUUUACCGCCUCACUCAACGCUGUACUCGACCAUCCACGAUUUCAAGCUAAUCUCACUGUCUCUUUCCAUCAACAUGCGACAGCUGAUGGAUUUUUCUCUCUCUGCCCGAGCAUUUCUGUGGGUUUGAUCCGGCCAAACAAUUCUGCUGUCUUUGAAUGUGUGAGAUACGGAGAUAUGGACGGGCUUCUUAGCCUGAUCGGUCAGGGCAAGGCUUCUUUGAGAGAUUGUGACUCGUACGGCACGCCCCUUUUACAUUAUGCGAUUGGGCAGCCCACAGUCUGCGAGUUCCUGAUCCAAAAUGGUGCGGAUGUUGACGAAAUGGCACGAAGUCCCUUUUGGGGAGUCCCUUGCCUACCUCUCUCAAUAACAUCCCUUCUUUAUACUGAGGAUCAACCUAGAGAACGACUGGAAUGCCGUCGCCUACUAUUGAGGGCAGGAGCAGACCCCACUAUUGAAGAGCGCUCGGAUGUUGCGGGAUCUCCAGUGAGAGAAGUUGUGCUAGCGGGCGAUCGUGAAUAUCUGCAAGAAACCUUGGACCUCGGGGCGGGCUUCAUUGACUUGGAAGAGAGAGACGAAAUCGGCCGCACCCUUCUGUUGUUGCUUGCCUACAAUCGUUUCGAGGGAUGUAACCCAGCGAAGUUUGAUCUUCUUCUCAGACGAGGCUCUAACAUUCAUGCUCGUGAUGACGAGGGGAAAACUUGUUUACAUAUCUGCAUUCGCCUCGCCGAGUGCGAAAACGUUUUGGAAGAGCAAGAAUGUCUUGUUUUAUUGGUCCAAAACGGAGCAGAUGUCAACGCGUGCGACAACAACGGCCAUUCGAUAUCUGAGACAGCCUACACGGUUUCUAAUCAUUAUUAUUAUGAUCUCGAUCUUGGUGGGUACAGAGGAGACCUAUGGGACUCUGUCCUUCUGCAAUGUGGCUACGACAUUAAUGAGAAGCGCAAAGGAUUUCCUAGAAGAUCUGAAUAUGUGGAAAGUUACACUCGCCAGGAUUUUGAGAGCCUGUGGCGUGGCCGCGAAGAACUGUGUCCGUACUAUCACGACCCUCCAGGGUGGGAUCCCGACGGCGAUCUGGAAUCUCUUGAUGGGAGUUGGGAAGGUUAUCCAGAGAACUUUUCAGGAGGCGAGGAUUCGGAAGGCCUCACACUCACAGGGCAUGUUGUGGAAAGCGAAGAUGAAGAAACAACAGAAAGGAUGUUAGAUCAUCAUCUUUCUCCCGGAGCCGACGACAGCUAUACGACCCCAGACCCCAGAAAAUCGCUUUUCCCAGUUUCCAGGAUUUCCCCAGCACUGGAGAUCGACACAUUGGAAUCAACACUAUCCACCUGGCAGAAUCUCGCCUCUCCCCAGACGGUCUCGGACGAAGAAGAGCUCUGCCAAGUUAGCGAUAUGUCUGGACCAGGGACACCUUACGAGAACUGGCCGACGGCACCACAGACGACUCUUCCAGCCCAGAACUUUCAGGCAGGUUCUGUUAGCGGAGUUUUCGAGCUUCUUGAGCCGAACCCAUGGCUGUGGGAGAACGGGGACCGCCAUCCAGUCUUACGGGGCAUCAUCCUUGCGCAUCGAUUCAGCAGGCGGCCCCAAGCUUGGGGCCCUGUGAUUGGGAGCCCGCUCGCGCGGGACGAGACGACAAUGCAGUUAGUCUUCCCCUGGAAUCCGGGCAUCGAUUUGGAAACCUCUGCAUCUAUUCCCCAUCAUCUACAGCGCUACGGGACUACCGGCGCCCUCUCCAGCAUCUGA